AUGCGGCGGCUUUGGUUGCUUCUCCAGCUGCUCCUGCUGAUCCUGCUGUGUCCAACAAAUGGACAAAUCCAGCCAAGAAUUGUGGGUGGCACAGCCACCACCCUGUCCGCAGUGGGUGGUUUUGUGGUGAACCUCCGCUACGACGGCACCUUCUACUGCGGCGGUACAUUGGUGAGCAGUCGACAUGUGGUCACGGCGGCCCAUUGUCUCAAUGGAUACCAGGCGGGACGCAUAACUGUCCAGGGCGGAGUGAGCCAGCUCAGCCAGACGGGCGUAGUGAGGCGCGUGGCCAAGUACUUCAUGCCGAAGAGCUUUAGUAGCUCCAGCCUCAACUGGGAUGUGGGUGUCAUCCGGCUGCAGAGUUCGCUGACGGGCAGUGGCAUCACCACCAUAUCCCUGUGCCAGGUGGAGUGGCGGGCAGGUGACUACAUGCGCGUCUCCGGCUGGGGCACCACUCGCUACGGCAACUCCAAUCCCUCGAAUCAGCUGCGCACCGUACGCAUCCAGUUGCUUCAGAAGAAGGUGUGCCAGCGGGCCUACCAAUACAGGGACACCCUCACGGGAUCCAGCUUCUGCGCCCGUUCCGGUGGCAGGGACAGCUGCUCCGGCGACUCCGGUGGCGGGGCCAUCUUCAACAACCAGCUCUGCGGCGUCGUGUCCUGGGGACUGGGCUGUGCCAACAAGUAUCCCGGCGUCUACACCAGCGUCCAUCGAGUGCGCAGCUUCAUCGUCAGCGCCAUGAAGAAGUGA